CUGUAUUCAAUUUUUUUCUUAGGUAUGCAGUGUGAAACAGACCCUUUGCUGACAGAAAAUGAAUCAUUGAAGCAACAGGUGAAAGAGCUCCAGAAAGAGGUGAACAGGCAUAAAUGGAGUUUCCAGAAAAUUGCGAAUGAUGACAAGACCCGCUUUUAUACUGGACUUCCUUCAUUUGCUGUGUUCAUGUGGCUUUUCAAUUUUCUACGACCAAAGGCAGAGAAAAUGAAGUAUUGGUCAGGACCAAGCACAGAUAAGUCUUCCGACCGCAAGCGAGCUUCAGCAGGUUCAUUGGAUUUGAUUGAUCAGCUGUUUGCAGUUCUCAUUAGACUUAGGAUUAGACUCUUGACCAGUGACAUUGCUGAACGCUUUCAAAUUUCAGAGGGUACUUUUUCGAAAUAUUUUUCCACCUGGAUCUGUCUACCUUGGCAAGAAUUAAAAUGUUUAAAUCCUUUUCCAUCUCGGGACAUUAUUCAAAGAACCAUGCCAUCUUUAUUUAAAACCAAAUAUCCUUCAGCUCGAGUUAUCAUUGCUUGUACAGAAAUUUUAAUACAGAAACCAUCCAGUCCUGACAACCAAAGUUUAACUUUUUCAAAUUAUAAGCAUCAUACCACUGCAAAAUUUUUAAUAGGUAUUAGUCCAUCUGGUGUCAUAACAUUUGUAUCUGAUGGCUGGCCUGGGAAAACAUCUGAAAGAGAACUUGCAAUAUCAUCAGGUUUAAUUGAGUUGUUAGAGGAGAAUGAUAGUGUUAUGGCUGAUAAAGGUUUUACCAUUAGGGAUGUGUUGAAUAAAAAGAAAUGUAAGUUAAAUAUUCCACCAUAUAGAGGAAGUGCACAACAGUUCUCUACUGAUGAAGUUUUUGAAACCCAAGAAAUUGCUUCUUUGAGAAUUCAUGUUGAGAGAAGCAUAGGCAGAGUUUUAAAAAAUCAUAUUUUUGAUGGUGUUAUGCCACUUACACUUAAGCCUCUUUUGACCAAAAUGUUUCAAGUUGCUUGUUGGCUAACAAAUUUUGAUGUUCAUUUUUCAAAUUUUAUUUGGAGUGAAUACCAGUACAGUGUAUCUAUAAUUAUAAUCAUUUAA